AUCGUUUCUCCACUCACACGUCGGUGUUGUCGAGAACGCGCGUUGGUCUUGUGCACGUUAUGAACUGCGCUUUCUUUGGGAUGUUGUAAAUAAAUUCUUCAUUUGUUGUAGUAGCGUUUAUUUAGCCUUAUGUUUUAGUGAACGCAGCUGUGAAACAGGAAAAAGUCGACACAACAACAAAAUGAAUGAGCCCGAGGGACUGCGGUUCAGGAGGUUGAACAGACCUCAAAUAAUUACAGACGAAACCCAUGAACCACAGUUCAAAACCACAAGCACUUACAGUGGGAAGGUGUUUCGUGUGACAUUACUCACACUGGUGGCUUUCCUGCUCUUCCCUCUGCUGGUGGUCAUUUUCCUGUUCGAGUCUCCCAUUCAACCAGAGGCGUUCAGUCUCAAUGAACCGCCUCUUAUGACUGGCUGUUACGAGCCCAACUUAAAACUCAGACAGGCAGAGCGACUGUUCGAGGACCAGCUCAUCGGCCCAGAAUCCCUUGCGAAUAUUGGAGAUGUUUUGUACACUGGGACGGCUGAUGGAAAGAUAGUCAAAAUCGAGGGAAGGAACAUUCAUGUAUUAGCAACACUUGGCAAGCCACCAUGUGGCUCUCCUGAGUAUGAACACACUUGUGGACGUCCUCUGGGAAUCCGUGUGGGACCCAACGGCACCUUGUUUGUAACCGAUGCCUAUUUGGGACUGUUUGAGGUCAAUCCUGUCACAGGUGAGGUAAAAUCUCUGGUGAGCACAGGGAAGAUGAUCGGUGGUCGACGUCUGGGCUUCGUGAAUGAUCUGGAUGUAACUCAGGAUGGGAAAAAGGUGUACUUCACUGACUCCAGCAGCAGGUGGCAGCGCAGAGACUUCAUGCACCUGAUCAUGGAAGCCACAGCAGAUGGACGUGUGCUUGAAUACGAUAUAGAGAGCAAGGAAGUUACCGUGAUGAUGGAGAACCUGAGGUUUCCUAAUGGCAUCCAGCUCUUUCCUGAUGAGGAGUCUGUUCUGGUGGCUGAAACCACAAUGGCAAGAAUAAGGAGAGUUCACGUGUCUGGUCUCAAUAAAGGAGGAAUGGAUACCUUUAUAGAUAACCUCCCAGGAUUCCCUGACAACAUUCGACGCAGUUCUUCAGGUGGAUACUGGGUGGCCAUGUCUGUUGUGCGACCCAACCCUGGCUUCUCCAUGCUGGACUUCCUGUCUCAAAAACCCUGGAUAAAGAAGCUCAUAUUUAAGCUCUUCAGUCAAGAAACUCUAUUGAAGUUUGUGCCACGCUACAGCCUGGUGGUAGAGCUGCAGGACGGCGGGACAUGCGUGCGUAGCUUCCACGACCCACACGGCAUGGUGACGGCCUACAUCAGCGAGGCACACGAGUACAACGGCUACCUGUACCUGGGCUCUUUCCGCUCCCCUUAUCUGUGCAAGCUGGAUCUGAGCAAAGUGUGAAGCAUGCAGAAGAACACGUCAUGAUCCUAACAGAUGCUCGGCUUGAGUCAUUUCACCAUGGCUUCCAAACAAGCAGAUUCCGAAGCAAUUAACGUUGGCAGUGCAUCAACAAGAACACUUAUCAAAUUCUUCCAUAUUACAGUCAACAAAUGAACAAACACAGCCCCUUCAUUCGAUACCCCUUCUCUUUAUUUAGGUCUGACAGAUGCCUGUUUUUGUUCCAUUAACCGGUGUGGGUGACUUUCUUUUUUUAGAGAUGUGGGGUGCAUAAGCUCUCUGGCAGCCUGUUUUUUUUUUUUUUUUUUUUUUUUUUUUUAAAUCAGAAGAUGUGCCAUUACUAUUUUUAUUUUUUUCUCCCUUGUGACAGAAAUUAUGCCAUUUCUGUACUUGUUUUAUUUGCACCGACCGCCGUCUGGUCCUUAAAAUAGAGCUGUCAACUGUUUUGAUUUGUAUCACAGCGCCUUUAAGAAAGACUAAAACUCCUGUGGGUGGCAGCGUAAGGAUGUUGUUUGGGGGAAGUGAAACGGUAUUUUCAUUUCAUUAUAUAAUGAAUCUCCUGCAACAUUCAGCUAUAAUUAUUUCUGGUUUUAAGAAUGUUCAAAUGUGUGAAUGUUUUGGUUAAUUUUUAAUCAAGGGAUUGAAGGUAUAAAUUCCUCAUUUCAUCGUUAUUUGUAUAUGUUGUUGAAAUGAGAGCUGUGUCACUCUUGGCUGAUAAAUGCUGCUGGCUUUAUAAUAUUUAGAACACCUUUACACAAGUAUCUGUGUUUUUCGCUCAUACUUUAUAUGAUGUCUAUAAUAAUUAUCAGCAAUAAUGUCAUAUAACAGUGGCUCUCAACUGGUGGGUUACGGCUCAUUUGAUAGGACAGUGGUGAAAAAAAACAAUGCUAAAUGGAAAUAAUAAAUUAAAUGAAUCAUA